AUGGGCCCCCCAAAGACGAGGGGCCUCAGGCCGCGGCAGAGCCGCAGCCGCUUCCACGAGGGUUCUAUGAAUGACCGUGUAUCUGCCGUGCCACCCAGCCAGUUUCUCGGGCCCGAAGAGCUAGAGGCUCUGGAAAGACCGCUGGAAGCAGAGCUAGAGCAGCACCAGUACAAUCUGCGAAGCUCUCGCCGGUCCCAGGACACCACCCGCCAACUUCAACUGUUCAUGUCGCGCCAGGCUCCGAGCAUUGCGCCCAGCGUCGCGCCGAGUGUCGCGCCUAGUGUCGCUCCCAGCGUCGCACCGAGCACCGCCACCACCUCACCGAAAAAGGGCGUGCUGGGCCAGGUAUGGGAGGGCGUUCGGGGUCGGUUCAAGCUCAAGAAAGAACCCUCCUCGCCCGAGCAGAAGAAGCAGCCAGACUCUCCGUCUCCAAAGAAACCAGCUCCUGGAGCUUACGACGACAGGCCCACUAGAGAAGAGGCCUUGGCGAGCUACCACUUGCUGGUCGAAGCUGGCUUCUUCACCACGCAUGCCAUUCAAUCCACGCGACAGCCUCCUCCCCCGGGGUUUGUGCGGCAACGGCCUGCUACUAGCCACCAGGCGCUUCCUCCGACGUUGACACUGAGGACGCCUCCGCCGCGGCUGCCGCCGUUGGAGGCGCCCGUCUCGGCACCGCCCAAAUGGCCGCUCAACUCGACGCCCAUAACGCCCAGGAGCAAUAGGACGUCUCUAUCCGCCGUGACCCCUGCCAGUGCCGACUCUAGAGGUACCAAGCGGACGGCGAACGAAGGCAACGCAGAUAUCCAGAUCCACCAGGACGAGCCCCCGAGAUCGCCGAGGUCAGCACGUACCAGGGGCAAGAAGAUUCGUAAGACGGCUUCCAAGGACUUUGGCAUCCCCAUUCUCCGCACCGCCAGAUCUCGGCGGAAGCUCACGAGCACUCGAGCAAACGCUCGCAAGAGCGGGGGCAGUGCUGCCAGCCACACACCCGUGGUCAUCCACCACUAUCACAGCAACAGCACGUCGAGCCGGGACUCCAGGCACAGCAAGAGGUCUUCUCACCUGCUGUGCGCAACCUCGCCCUCCUCAUCUGUGGCGUCAUCUCCGCGCGGCUCCUUCGACUCCGGGUCGUCGGCCAGAGAGAGCGGCGAGAGCGUGUACAGUGUUCGGGCUAUUGGCUCGGGUUCCAAGAGCUCUCGAGGCCUCAGACCAAGAAAACCGUCUCCCGCUGCUACCUCUACCCCCACUCAGGACGCCCUCAAGGUGGUUCCCAACGCAAACAAAGGGAUUCCCAGCGUCCCAACCAUUCCCGCCAAAUAUACCUUUGGAGAAGAUCGAGAAAAUGGAGAGCCCUGGCGGGGGCUGAAACGGUGA